GCCUCUUCUUGUCUAAUGGAAAUGGUAAGGGAAUGUAUCUCUUAUAUUUACCCAUGAGCACAAAAUAUACAUCUAUUCACUCGUAUUGGUUAUCAGGCAAGAGUAGGGGAGAAUACAUGAAAAGGUUUAACAAGAAAACCAGUGAAGCUUUUCCAUUGACGCAGUUUUGAUUCUCUUGGUUUAGUUCAAUUCUGCGAGAGUGACUUUUAACAAUCAGUUUCUUAUUGCAGUGUUGUUGCUAUGGAGACCAGGCAGUAUGUUGCUGGUGAUGUAAUCACCAUGCGCCUGAUGCGGAGAGAGAAGGGGGCUUUGGUGGCCAUGCCUAGCUCUCAGUGGGUGAAGGUGGAGGAGCCUGUUCGCUUUGGAGAUGUGUGUCUUAGCCCGUACUCCAAGCUGCUGCUGACCUCCCCGAUGCAGGUCCUGAGCCUGGUGGCCGAGGAGAAGGCUGCCCUGCAGGCUCAGCUCAGCCAGGAGGGGGACGCCCAGGGCUGCUUCAUCCAGAGCGCACUGUGUCUCCUGCAGGAGCGAGAGGAAAUGCUGCUGAAGCAGCAGAAGGCACAUGUAAGAAACCGGCUUGACCUUUCCUCUCUGACUCUGGAAGACCCUUCUCCUAUGGACGAAGUGGUUACUAUUUCCAGCAUCGCCAAGCCUGUGCUGCAGUACACCUCUGCAUUUGAUGACGAGGUUGCAGAGUUUGAGGAUGAUGCGGAGGUCUCAGAAGUGCCGGAGGUCCCACAGGAGGCCAACGAAGAGCUGCCAGGCUUCCCUGGAAGUAUUUUGGAGAAUGUCCUGGAGGAGCCUCUGGAGGCUAUGAUGGAUGAAGCCCCAGAGCCCCAGCCUGAAGAGGAGAUCCCUAUCAAACUGGCAGAUUCAGGCCGCCCUUCCACCAGCGUGGUGCACGGACCCUACUACUAUUUUUACCAAGGUGGGUUUCAGUGUUUCCCCUAGGAUGGUGUCAUAGCAGCGGUGCUAAGG